GCUCCGGCGGCGCGGAUGGCGGAGGGCGGCCAGCCCCCGCAGCAGCAGCCACAGCCGCAGCUCCUGGCCGGCGGCGGCGCGGGGUCCGCCCGCGGCGUGAAGCGGGAGCCGGAGCUGGAGCAGCCCAUGGCCGGCGGGGACGGCGCGGAGGGCGGCCACAGCAAGCGGCUGCGGACGGAGGCGGAGGCCGACGGCGGCGGCAUGCAGAACGAGCCUCUGACUUCAGGUUAUCAUGGAUAUCCAGCAAGAGACAAUCAAGGUAACCAGGAGCCAGCAGCAACUCCUGAUGCAAUGGUGCAGCCAUUCACCACAAUCCCAUUUCCGCCACCCCCACAGAAUGGGAUUCCCACAGAGUAUGGGGUGCCACACACUCAGGACUAUGCAGGCCAGACCAGCGAGCACAAUCUGACACUCUACGGAAGCACGCAGCCGCAUGGAGAGCAGAGCACGAACACGGCCAGCACGCAGAACGGAUCUCUUGCACAGACAGAAGGAGGGGCACAGACAGAUGGACAGCAAUCACAGACACAGAGCAGUGAGAAUACUGAGAGCAAAUCCACUCCAAAACGACUUCAUGUGUCUAACAUUCCCUUCCGCUUUCGAGAUCCCGACCUGCGGCAGAUGUUUGGGCAAUUCGGCAAAAUCCUUGAUGUAGAGAUAAUCUUUAAUGAGCGUGGCUCGAAGGGAUUCGGGUUCGUAACUUUCGAGAAUAGUGCUGAUGCAGACAGGGCCAGGGAGAAAUUACACGGCACCGUGGUAGAGGGCCGUAAAAUCGAGGUUAACAAUGCCACUGCGAGAGUGAUGACCAAUAAGAAGAUGGUCACACCUUAUGCAAAUGGUUGGAAGUUGAGUCCUGUGGUUGGAGCGGUGUACGGCCCUGAGUUAUAUGCAGCGUCCAGCUUUCAAGCAGAUGUCUCGCUGGGCAAUGACGCCGCAGUGCCCCUGUCAGGAAGGGGGGGUAUUAACACUUACAUUCCUUUAAUCAUUCCAGGCUUCCCCUAUCCAACUGCAGCCACCACAGCCGCCGCAUUUCGGGGCGCCCAUCUGAGGGGCCGAGGAAGGACAGUGUAUGGGGCAGUGCGGGCAGUACCUCCCACAGCCAUCCCUGCCUACCCAGGAAUAGUCUUACAGGAACCAAUCAUUAGCGCUAAAAUACCUCAGUUGACUGAAGAAAUGUUAACAUCCCGCUCUAAAUCUCUCAGUGGAGUCUCUGUUCCCUUCUCUGAUAUAACAGAUGGGGUGGAUACGCAGCCUACAGAUAUGCACAGCCUGCUACUGCAACAGCAGCCACGGCCGCUGCAGCCGCUGCAGCAGCUUACAGCGAUGGUUAUGGCAGGGUGUACACAGCAGAUCCUUACCAUGCCCUUGCCCCUGCCGCUAGCUACGGAGUUGGCGCUGUGGCGAGUUUAUACCGAGGUGGCUACAGCCGAUUUGCCCCCUACUGAAGUGACGUGAGCCCCCUGCAAAUGGGACAGCCCCCCCAGUUCAUGAGGCCUGGCUAUUGCAAUAUUUACUAGUAGAGGAACUCUAUAGCAAGUUGAGGAGGAAAAACAAAAACAAAA